GCUCUCGGCGCAGGCGCAGCGGGCUCUCCUUCCAGGGCUCCCAUCGCAGUGCGCCCGCCGCGACGGAGUGGAGCGGCGUCGGUCCGCAGCUGUCCUCCGCGUCUCCCGGGCUGCGGACGCACACCCUGCGGCAGGGCGAGCGCCGCUGGGCGCGGGCGGCGGCCGCGGCGGGUCCGGCAGCUUAGGUUGUCUUAUGAUGAAGCCUUUGCUAUGGCUAAGGACCCCUUGGAAGGCUUCCAUGAAGUAAACCUUGCUUCACCUACUUCUCCGGACCUUCUUGGUGUGUGUGACCCAGGAACCCAAGAGCAUACUACCUCCCCGAGUGUCAUCUACCGGCCACACCCUUCAUCUUUAUGCACUGCUCCCGUCCAGGCUAAUGCGUUAGAUGUCUCUAAUCUUCCCACACAACCCGUCUAUUCAUCUCCUAGGCGUUUCGACUGUGCGGAAAUAUCUAAUAUCAGCAUUCAUGUUCCAGAGCCAGCACCGUCCCUUGCCUCUGGGGUGGCAGCAGGGCUUACCAAGCUAACUGCAAGGAAGGACAGCUGUAACGCAGAGAGGGCGUUUCUGCAGGGUGCCGCCGUCACAGAGGCUCCCGCUGCCACGGAGGAUGUCUUUGGGUUGAGUACGGAUAGCCUGUCUCGGUUACGAAGCCCAUCUGUCCUGGAAGUUAGAGAAAAGGGCUACGAAAGGUUAAAAGAAGAACUUGCAAAAGCUCAGAGGGAAUUGAAGUUAAAAGAUGAAGAAUGUGAGAGACUUUCGAAAGUGCGAGAUCAACUUGGGCAGGAGUUGGAAGAACUCACAGCUAGUUUAUUUGAGGAAGCCCACAAGAUGGUGAGAGAGGCAAAUGUCAAGCAGGCCACCGCGGAAAAGCAGCUGAAGGAGGCGCAGGGGAAAAUCGAUGUGCUUCAAGCUGAAGUGGCCGCAUUGAAGACACUCGUGUUGUCCAGUUCUCCAACGUCACCUACACAGGAGCCUCUGGGGGCUGCAAAGACACCUUUUAAAAGGGGGCACACGAGGAAUAAGAGCACCAGCAGCGCCAUGAGUGGUAGUCAUCAGGACCUCAGUGUGAUACAGCCAAUUGUAAAAGACUGCAAAGAGGCCGAUUUAUCUCUGUAUAAUGAAUUCAGAUCUUGGAAGGAUGAGCCCACGAUGGACAGAACAUGUCCUUUCUUAGACAAAAUCUAUAAAGAAGAUAUCUUUCCAUGUUUAACAUUCGCAAAAAGCGAGUUGGCUUCAGCUGUUCUGGAGGCUGUGGAGAACAACACUCUAAGCAUUGAACCAGUGGGACUGCAGCCCAUUCGAUUUGUGAAAGCUUCUGCUGUAGAAUGUGGAGGGCCAAAAAAGUGUGCGCUCACUGGGCAGAGUAAGUCCUGCAAGCACAGAAUUAAACUAGGGGACUCAAGCAGCUGUUACUAUAUCUCGCCAUUUUGCAGAUACCGGAUCACUUCAGUGUGUAACUUUUUUACAUACAUUCGGUAUAUUCAGCAGGGACUUGUGAAACAGCAGGAUGUUGACCAGAUGUUUUGGGAAGUUAUGCAGUUGAGAAAGGAGAUGUCGUUGGCAAAGCUGGGCUAUUUCAAAGAGGAACUCUGAUGUGGGGACCUGCGUGCUCUCAUCUGGACAGCUGAAGGAUGACGGGACAUUUUUAUGGUUCUCAAUAUUUAUUUCCAAGGCGAGGGCCGAAGACAUCCCUCCUCUUGUACACGACACUGAGAAGUACUGUGAUUUUUGAGCUGUACUUGUUGUCCCUCAAUGGAACACACUACGAAGAUUGCAGGCGUGCUGGUGAUGGUAAAUCCAACACUGCAGAUCAAACCACCAAAUAAAUUCCAGACUGAAUGUGUGUGUCUUUCUUAGCUCUGACUUGGUGCAUAGAGUUGCAGAAGGCCACAGUCGUCUUCACCUUGUAGCCCUGUGCCAAGUGGACAGGACUCAUUUAUGUCUGUGUAUGCUGACAUUCAAGCAAAAGGUUUUAUUUGCAGAAAGGUUUUUUACUAUGAGGCUUGGAAGUUAUUUUUAUUCUGCCCACUGUAACGCAGUGGACCCCUUUAUCAUAGUGAUUUGUUAAGUAUAAUAAAUGAAAAUCAUAUCCCUGCAGUUAGUGAACUUAGGAGCACUUACCCCAGGGGAGCUCUCUGGAACACCCUCAUACAGGCUUCGUGAUAGCAUCAAGCGUUGUCGUGGAAUAGAAGGGAUAUUAACAUAAAUAAACAGGGUCAUGGCCCAGAAGAAUGGGAUCUGCCAGCUCUGAGCUGUCGGGCAACUGCUUGAUCCCUUAAGUUGGAACUAAAGCUGACACAAAGCAAUUACCACCAUCAUUUGUACAAGUAAAACAGGUUCAUGAUGGAGAUGUAAUUAGUAUAGAGAGGAAAGGAAGCCGCCUCCUUGACUCCAGUAAGACCACUACUGCUCAUAUUUUUGGAGAAUAGCCUUGGACUUUUCAGAUAUUUCCUAGUUAAUAUUGCACAAUUCCGAAACAAAACAACCUCCUUGCUUUAUUGAUUGUAUGCGUGUGAUUGUCUAUGUGUAUGUAUGUGUACCACACUCAUGCCUGGUGCACACACAGACCAGAGGAGAGCUUCAGACAGUCAUGAGCUGCCAGGUGGGCACUGGCCAUCUCUCCAGCCUGUACUUGCUUUAAAAAGAAAUAAAAUUUCCCCAUCAGUAAAGCUUCACAUCCUAAAAAAAUAAAUUUUUUACACCUACUGUGUUUGGGUGGGGGCGUGCCUGUGCAGUGUGGCGGUCCGAUGACAGCCUUUGGGGGUUUGCUCUUCCCCUGGGUGGGUUUUUAGGGAUCAAACUCAGGACACGACGCUUGGUGGCAAUACCUUCACGUGGCGAGGCAGCUCUGUUGCAAUCUCCGCGUCCUAUCACUGUAUGUAAAUUGCAAUUAAACAUAAUUUGUCUCUAGA